AUGCAUUCAGGGGAGAGAAAGCACGGGGAAGACAAGGAAGUAGAGGGACAGGAACAGCACAGAACGGAUGUGGAGUUCCUGUCACUCAGUCCAAUGCUCUCAGCCACCAGCUCAGACACUGGCCCUGGCACUGACACUGACACUGGCACUGGCCCUGGCACUGGCACUGACCCUGACACUGACACUGACUCUGGCACUGGCACUGACACUGGCACUGGCACUGGAACUGACCCUGACACUGACACUGGCACCAACACUGGCACUGGCACUGACCCUGACACUGGCACUGGCCCUGGCAUUGGCCCUGGCACUGACACUGACACUGGCACUGGCACCAACACUGGCACUGGCCCUGACACUGGCACUGGCCCUGACACUGGCACUGGCACUGACCCUGGCACUGGCACCAACACUGGCACUGGCCCUGGCACUGGCCCUGACACUGGCACUGGCACUGGCACUGCACCAGUUUAG